AUGGAGAAAGCUUUUGAUAAUGUUAGCUGGAAUUCUCUAUUUUAUAUCUUAAAGAAAAAUGUAUUUGGUGAUAGAUGGAUCAAAUGGAUUUCUUGGUGUGUCACACAAGCACAAUUCUCUAUUUUGGUGUUAUCUAUGCUGAUGAAUGAUGUUGUGGCUUCAAACACAUUAAGUGGCUUUCAAGUAGUGGAUGAAGGUACUAUAACUUCUCAUCAACAAUUUGUUGAUGAUACCAUAGUUCUGUUGAAUGCUUCUAAGGCGGAGGUUAGAAUAUUGUUAAUUAUUUUAAUGAUGUUUGAGGUUUUAACUGGAUUAAAAUUAAAUUUGAAAAAGAUUGCAAUGACUAGUAUAGGUGCAGAUGACCUGGUGCAAGACCUCUCAUUAGAAUUGGGGUGUAAAAUUGAUAGUCUACUAAUAACUUAUCUAUGA